GCAUCCUCUGGCCUUCAUGGUUCUCUUACUGGGGCGGAGGGGGAUUCUUGAAGGAGCUCCUGACCUUGAGUGCAGGGGCUGCCAAACUUUGUGGACCAAGAGGCACAUAGUGAAGUUUGAGAAAGUGCUGUGGGUGCCACAAACUGGCUGCUAUUUGGGGUUUGUGGCAUAACAAAAUUAGAAGAGGGUCAUUUGCUGUUGCUCUUCACACCCAGACAGGGCCAGGUGUUUCAGGUGCAGCACAUGUGGACCACUCUGGACAGUCCUGGACCAGCUGAGUGGCUCCACGUACAAAUCCAUCUGUUUGGGCAUUUGGUCCGCAGCAUUCCCAGAUGAAGUGCAGCAAGGAGUCCCAGUGCUGUGGCACUUUUGAGUGUGAGUUGUGUGGAUUAACUGCCCCGUACAGCUACUACGGACAGAAACCUCCAAAUGCUGCCUGUGUUACCCUUCUGGAGGAAUGCUAUGUCAUGAAGGAUCCAUUCACCUCUGACAAGGACAAAUUCCUAAUACUUGGAUCCCAGUGCAGUUUGUGUUGCAAGCAUGUGUGUGUUGGCACAGACUGUAGCCUUUUCUACGCAAAAAGAUUCUGCCUUCCCUGUCUUAAGUUACACUUAAAUGAGUUUCCAGUGGAAAUAAGGCAAGAUUUGGAAAAGAAAACUCAUUCUCAACACCAAUCUUCAAAAAAGGGAGAUUCCAAGACUUCAAAGAAAAACUAGGUUGUUUUUGGCCCAAGUGUGUUUUUUGUAACAAAUAUAAAGCUGUGUCUGAUAAAUCUCUUCUAGAACAGUUUUUAUAAGAUAGUUCAGAUGGAGGAUUUACUU